AUGCCCAACCGAAAGGCCAGUCGGAACGCCUAUUACUUCUUCGUGCAGGAGAAGAUCCCGGAGCUGCGGCGGCGAGGCCUGCCCGUGGCCCGCGUGGCCGAUGCCAUCCCCUACUGCUCGGCCGACUGGGCGCUCCUGAGCGAGGAGGAGAAGGAGAAGUACGCGGAGAUGGCGCGCGAGUGGAGAGCCGCCCAGGGCAAGGACCCGGCGCCGGUGGAGAAGCAGAAACCUGUCUGCACCCCGCUGAGGAGACCCUGCAUGCUUGUGCCCAAGCAGAACUUCUCACCCCCAGAUAUGUCGACCUUGUCUUUAAACAGUGAUCAAGCGCUCCUGGGAGGCAUCUUCUACUUCCUGAACAUCUUCAGCCACGGCGAGCUGCCCCCGCACUGCGAGCAGCGCUUCCUGCCCUGUGAGAUCGGCUGCGUCAAGUACUCGCUCCAGGACGGCAUCAUGGCAGAUUUCCACAGCUUCAUCAACCCAGGUGAAAUUCCACGAGGAUUCCGGUUUCACUGUCAGGCUGCAAGUGAUUCCAGCCACAAGAUUCCGAUUUCCAACUUUGAAUCCGGGCACGACCAGGCAACUGUGUUACAAAAUCUCUAUCGAUUCAUUCAUCCAGCCCCGGGGAUGUGGCCACCCAUCUACUGCAAGUCUGACGACAGGGCCAGAGUCAACUGGUGUUUGAAGCACAUGACCAAGGCUUCGGAAAUCCGACAAAACCUAGAGCUGCUCACCGUUGAGGACCUCGUUGUGGGGAUCUACCAGCAAAAGUUCCGCAAGGAGCCGUCCAAGACCUGGGUCCGGAGCCUCCUCGACGUGGCCAUGUGGGAUUAUUCCAGCAACACCAGGUGCAAGUGGCAUGAAGAAAAUGACAUUCUCUUCUGUGCACUAGCCGUUUGCAAGAAAAUUGCGUACUGCAUCAGUAACUCUCUGGCCACUCUCUUUGGGAUCCGGCUCACCGAGGCUCACGUUCCGCUCCAGGAUUACGAGGCCAGCAAUAGCGUGACACCCAAGAUGGUGGUACUGGACGCAGGACGUUACCAGAAGCUCCGGGUCGAGAGUCCAGGCAUCUCUCAUUUCAGCUCUUCCAUCCAGGAGCAGAGAUCCAGCACCCCCGGCGGUGACUGUCCCUCCGGAGUGCGGCUGUCGGGUGGCGGCGGCAGCAGCAGCGUCCGCGGCCGCGGGAUCACGCGCCUGCUGGAGAGCAUCUCGGGCUCGUCGGGCGGCCUGCGCAGGUUCCCCGGGUGCGAGGGCCCGCUCUCGCCCUGCGCGCCCCACAAGGACAGCUACAGAUCCUUCUCCUUCUCCUAAUGAUGGUGCUCUCGAUUUCCGGGACAGUCGCGGGCCCGCCCCUCUUCCC